AUGGAUCAACAGGACAACAACGCACUACCUAGCGAACAAAAUGCUACCGCUAGCCAACCACCACCCGACUGGUUUACAGAAAUCCAGCAGUUACGCCAGCAAAUCGCUACGGUAAUGCAGCACCAAGCGUCCCGGGAGGCGCAGCCCGGUACCACGUCGGGAUCGGUACGGACCCCCUUAACUGUCAAUGGCCCAGCAAUACUUCCCCAAGUCCGACGUAAACCAAUACCAACAGGGGUACCAUACAAUGGAGAUAAGACUACGUUUACAGCCUGGAAGAUACUUAUAGCCCACAAGCUAGUUACCGACCGCGAGUUCAUCGGUACCGACAAGGACCAGUGGAUGUUCGUCUGGCAGUGCUUAGCGCCCAAGAUUCAGUCCCGCGUUACAGCCUUCUUCGAAGCAGGGCCGUCGUACCAGUACAACCCGUUACAAUUCUUGGCUUACCUCGAAUCCGUUUUCGCCGACCCUCACCGGAUGGAGAUAGCGCAGACCGAGCUCGAAUAA